AAAUAUUCGAAGUGAGCAUCGAAAAGGCAUCAUUGUGUCUUCAGCUUUUGCAGUGCGACAUCAACCAGCUCAAAAUAACUGAAAAAUGGCUUUCAAGCUCGCCGUCCUGUUUGCCUGUUUGGCCGUCGCCAGUGCCGGAUAUCUGGAACCGACUACCUACCAGAGUGCUCCAUUGGCCUACCACGCCCCAGCUCUGUCCUAUUCGAGCCCAGCCUUAAGCUUCGGAUACGAGAAGUCUGCUCGUCAAUUGAGCUACAGCGCCCCGAUUGCCCAUCAGACCUAUGCCUCCCCAAUUGCCUACCAGAGCUAUGCCGCUCCGAUUGCUCAUCAGACCUAUGCUGCCCCAAUCGCCCACCAGACCUAUGCUGCCCCGAUCGCUCAUCAGACCUAUGCUGCCCCGAUCGCCCACCAAACUUAUGUUGCUCCAAUUGCCCGCACGUACGCUGCAGCCCCUGCUCUGAGCUACGCUCCAGCCCUGUCCUACUCAGCUGCUCCAGCUCUGUCAUACGCCCCCAGCCAUGCUCCAGCCCUGUCCUACUCGGCUGCUCCAGCUCUGUCAUAUGCCCGCAGCUACGCUCCAGCUCUGUCCUAUGCCCGGAGCUACGCUCCAGCAGUGGCCACCAAGACCAUUGCCAUCGCCCAGCCAGCAGCCGUCGCUCACUCCGCCCCUCUGCUGACGGCCAAUUCGGCUCUGACAUACGCCCCGGCUCAUGCCACCAGCUAUACCAGCUCCUUCAUGAAGUACAACAGUCCUCAGAUUGCCUAUGCUUACUAAGGUGAUUCCAUUCUAGUCUUUGGUAAUGUGAAAAUUUUGAGUUGUUGAAUAAAUAUUAAGAUUUCAUA